AUGGGCAACGAGGCCAGCCUGGAGGGCGGCGAGGGCUUGGCCGGGCUGCCCGAAGGCGUGGCCGGCGCGGCGGACGGCGGCUCUCCGCGGCAGCAGGGCCCCCCUUCCGGGGCCGCGGGGCCGGGCGGCGUGGCGGCGGAGCUGAGCCGGCUGAGCGAGGACGAGAGGAGGCAGAUCGCCGCCGUCGUGUCAAGGGCGCAGCAGGGGCUUCCCGAGGGCGACGCGGAGGCCGGGAGGCUUCCUCAGCAAAGGCACCUUGACAGCAGCCAACAUCCAAGGCAACUAGGCAAGCCUCCAGGUGCUGGGCCCCCUACUCUUAGCAAAAGCAGAACAGUAGAUACUUUGAAAACAGAGCAGCGCUUGCCUGGGAAGAGCCCGUCCUCUACAAGUUUGAGACAGUCUAAAUCAAGAACUGAUUUUAAAGACGACCAGAAGCCAAGUAUGAUGCCCAGCUUCCUCUCGGAUGCCAACCCAUUUGGCGCAGUCACUUCAGUCGUAAACAAAUUCAACCCCUUUGAUUUGAUUUCUGACUCGGACACAGCUCAGGAGGAGGCCUCAAAGAAACCGAAGCCUACACAAAAGGAGCAGGAUAAGCCUGAGCCGCAAAAGGGAUCCACCAAGCAACCAGCACAACAGUCAUCUCCAAAGGCAACAAUUCCACAGCAGGGGGCUGACAAACCAGCCCCACAGAAAACAGGACCUUCCAAACAGGCACCCCAGCUGCAGCAGCAGCAGCCACCGCAACCACCCGGGGUGCCUAAGCAGGCUCAGAAACCAGGGCCUGGCCAAGCAAAAGGCCCACAGGCAGAAGCACCGAAACAGCAGCCAGGGCCACCAAAAGCUCAGUCACAGCAGCCAGAGCCUACCAAGCCUGUUCAGCAGCAGAGCUCUGUAAAACCUUCACCGCAACAACCAGGAGCAGCGAAAGCAUCCUCGCAGCCACCUGAUGGUGCUAAAACAUCUUCCCAGGCGCCUUCUCCCGCCAAGCCAGCUGCCCAGCAAGGAACACCACCCAGCAAGCAGCCGUCUCAGCAGCCAGGAGGGCCGGCAAAGACUGCCCCGCAGGCAACAGGCCCCACAAAGGAACCUUCGAAGGCACCAGUUCAGCCAACUGGGCCUGCAAAGCCACCACAGCAGCAGGCAGGACCUACAAAACCUACCAGCCAACAGCCGGGACCUGAGAAACCGCCCCAGCCGCAACAUGCUGCUUCAUCUCAGCCUGGUGGAUCGGCUCCAAAGAAAACCUUUUGCCCACUUUGCACUACCACUGAAUUGCUGCUGCACACUCCUGAGAAGGCCAAUUACAAUACAUGUACUCAGUGUCAAACUGUAGUUUGCAGUCUGUGUGGGUUCAAUCCUAAUCCGCAUAUCACAGAGAUUAGAGAAUGGCUUUGUUUAAACUGCCAGAUGCAGAGAGCUUUAGGCGGUGAUUUGGCUCCAGGUCCUGGCCCUGGACCACCCAAACAAAAGAUGCCUGCUCCAACUGCAGCAAGCAAACCUGUUUCCAAGGCACAACAAUCUACACAGAAUAAAGACGUUCCUCUAAAACCUGAUGCUACCCAGUCACCUGAACACAAAAAACCACCAACACAAAUAAAACAGCCAACCGUGCCCAGUUCUCCUCCUGCAAAACCCAAACUUCCCUCUGCUGAAACUCAGCCAACAGAACCGGCCCCCAAAUCUGAGCAGGCCAAGCCGCCAUUGGUUGAAGACAAACAGAAGCAAGGCAGUACUCAGAAACCCACAAGCGAUGCUGUGCCUACACCGCCAUCAGAUACCAAACAAGAUUCACCUGGCCCGAAAGCUGCACUCGCUCAACAGAAAGUGGCACAAACUCAGAGGUCGGAGCCUGCUAAGUCAUCUCAAGACACACCUCCACCUGUAGAUAAAGCUGCUCCUCCAGAUUCCAAAACUUCGUCUCAAGUGUCUCAUCAGAAGUCGGAUCCCAAACUUGUUCCUCAGCCUCAACCUGGGUUGGAUUCUAAGGCUCAGAAGGUAGGUGAACCAGGUGAGGUGAAAGAAGACCCCAAGAAAAGGCAACCCCAGGCGGCUCCUAAGCCAGACGCCAAGCAGGCUCCCAAAGGGCAACAAGGCACCACGGGGCCCAAACCCACCCAGGCUCAGCCGCAAGCUCAGCCACCUCCCAAAGCCCCAGAACAAUCUAGAUUAUUCAGCCUGAACGUUGGAGGAAUCAUGGAUGCUCCCAAACCACAGCCAACAACCCCUCAAGAAAGAGUCACCGGGAAGCUGUUUGGAUUUGGUGCUUCCAUUUUCAGCCAGGCUUCCAAUUUAAUCUCCACAGCAGGCCAGCCAGGAGCUCAACCACAGGGUCCUCCAUCUGGGUCCCCCUCGAAGCAACCCCCUCCUGGAGCACAGCCUCCUGCCCCACAAAAGGAUACCCGCCAAUCCCAGCCAUCUCCCAAAGCAACACCUGUGAAGAAAGAAACGAGGCCUCCUGUGGCAGAAAAACCAGAGCCACCCAAAGCUGAUGGUGGCUCCACGGUUAAGGAAACAGACACGGGGAAGAAGGCUUUGCCUGCCAAAGACACCAAGCCUCCAGCUAUUGAAGCUAAGCAAAGUGCGGAGGCACCAAAAACGAAGCAUCCUUCGCAGCCAGCGUCUUCUUGUCCUCUCUGUAAAACUGAGCUAAAUGUUGGUUCUAAGGAUCCUCCCAACUAUAAUACGUGUACGGAAUGCCAGAACACCGUGUGCAAUCUCUGUGGAUUUAACCCAAUGCCGCACAUGACCGAGGUACAAGAAUGGCUGUGCUUAAACUGCCAGACACAAAGAGCAUUAUCAGGACAGCUUGGCGGUAUGGACAAAAUAACACCUCCUGUACUUUCAAAAUCAUCACCCAAGCCAUCAACUGCUCCUCAAAGCCAGGCUAAACUUGUUGAACAGAAGACUUCAGCUCAAAUGCUGGAAAAGCCAAGAGGAGGAAUGGGAAUUCAGAAGGAAGAUUCAAAACUUCAACAGGCCAAAUUGUCAAAGACAAUUUCAUCUGAUAAAAUCCAGGAGGGUACACAAAGGGAAGAUUCAAAAGUGCAACAAGAAAAAUUGGCAUCAACUGAUAAAAUUAUUCAAAGCACUUCAAAUGAAGAUUCAAAAAUUCAGGAGGAAAAAUUGGCUGAUCAAAUUCCCAAAGAAGAGCCAAAACUAACCACAAAACCAUCUGCCAAUAAGAUCUCAGAAGGCAUUCAAAAGGAAGAGCCAAAGGAGCUGGGAAAAAUAUAUGAUAAAAUUCAGAAGGAAGACCUAGAGCUUCAGCAGGUAAAAUUGGGCAAGACUCUAUCAGCUGAUCAGAUUCAAAAGGAAGACCCAAAGAUCCAGCAAGUGAAAUUGACAAAAACACCAUCUGCUGAUCAGAUUCGGAAGGAGGACCCAAAGAUCCAGCAUGCGAAGUUGGCAAAAACACCAUCUGCUGAUCAGAUUCGGAAGGAGGACCCAAAGAUCCACCGAGUGAAAUUGACAAAAACACCAUCUGCUGAUCAGAUUCGGAAGGAGGACCCAAAGAUCCAGCAUGCGAAGUUGGCAAAAACACCAUCUGCUGAUCAGAUUCGGAAGGAGGACCCAAAGAUCCACCGAGUGAAAUUGACAAAAACACCAUCUGCUGAUCAGAUUCGGAAGGAGGACCCAAAGAUCCAGCAUGCGAAGUUGGCAAAAACACCCUCUGCUGAUCAGAUCCGGAAGGAAGUCCAAAAGGAAGGUGCAAAGCUUGAGCAAGAAAAGUUGACAAAAGUACCCUCAGAUGAUACAAUUAAAAAAGCUGACCCAAAACUUCAGCAAGCGAAACUGGCCAAAGUUCCACCCACUGAUCAAAUUCGGCAGGAAAACUCAGCUUUAUCUCAGGGGGGAAUAGUGAAGACAGCCUCUGCUGAGCAGAUUCAAAGGGAUGGUGUGGAACCUCAGCAGAGAAAACUGAUAGAAACACCUCAGACGGAUCCGGCUUCUUCCAAGUCAAGUAGCGAUCAAACACAAUUGACAGAAACCCUGGAAGGUGACCCCAGGUCUCUACCCUCACAGGAGACGCCCCCUUUUCCUGAGCCCAAACAUAAACCAGUCAUGGCUGUGGUAGAAGAGCAGUUUUCUGAAGCAAAACUAGAAGCCAAGGUACAAAAAGAAGGGAUAAAACAGGAGGAGGUUAAAAAAGAGGAUUCAGUGACGAGUAUUCCAGAAACCACAUCUAAAGCUCAGAAAUCUCAAAAAGAAGAAAUCUCUGCUCAGCCAGUAGUACCUUUGCCAAAGCCUGACCAUGUGGAAGCACUGAGGGAGAAAGCAGAAAAAGAAGAUGACAAAUCAGACACAUCAAGCUCACAGCAGCAAAGAAGUCCACAAGGUCUAAGUGACACCGGAUACUCAUCUGAUGGGAUCUCAAGUUCACUUGGUGAAAUUCCCAGUCUUAUUCCAAGUGAUGAAAAGGAUGUUUUGAAAGAAACUUGUAUAAAAGAAAGCCUUUCACAUGAAAGCAGCCCAACUAGUCCCUCCGAUCUUGCUAAGCUAGAAAGCACUGUGUUAUCCAUUUUGGAAGCUCAAGCAAGUUCCCUCAUUGAAGAGAAGCCUGGAAAGACCAAAGACCUUUAUUGUGUCUACAGUGAGCAGUCAAGAGAGCCACAUAGAGCAAAAUCCACACCUAGCACACAGGAAUCUUACAGUUCUGAUGAGGACUUGGCAAAAAGUGGAAGAGAUUCUGCAGAAGUUAGUAGCAAAGGUGUACCUUCUCGGAAGGGGUACAAGCAGAAGACAGAAGCAACAGAAGAUACAUCAACAAGAAGGCAGCGCUAUGACUCUGUAGAAGAUAGCAGUGAGAGUGAGAAUUCACCUGUCCCUCGGAGAAAAAGACGGACCAGCGUUGGGUCUUCCAGCAGUGAUGAAUACAAACCAGAAGACAGUCCAGGGUCAGGUGACGAUGAAGACUUCAUUCGAAAACAGAUCAUGGAGAUGAGUGCUGAUGAAGAUGCGUCAGGUUCUGAAGAUGAUGAAUUCAUGAGAAACCAGCUGAAAGAAAUCUGUACAAGUGAAAGUCAGAAGAAGGAAGAAGGGAAAAGUAAAAAAGCAAUAGCUGGAAAACAUAAGAGGAUGACGCGCAAAAGUAGCACAGGCUAUGAAGAGGACGCCAGCAGACGCCAUUCCUGGCAUGAUGAUGACGAUGAGACCUUUGAUGAAAGUCCAGAACCAAAAUACAGGGAAACAAAAAGUCAAGACAGUGAAGAAAUCACUGUAACGGGAGGAGGUCUUCGGCGUUUCAAAACAAUAGAACUUAAUAGCACAAUAGCAAAUAAAUAUUCUGAGGAAUCUGAAGAACCAAAGAGAAGUCUAUAUUUUGAUGAAGAACCAGAGUUAGAGAUGGAGAGUCUUACAGAUUCACCAGAGGACAGGUCAAGGGGAGAAGGAUCUUCAAGUCUGCAUGCCUCCAGUUUCACUCCAGGUACAUCUCCUACAUCUGUGUCAUCCCUUGAUGAAGAUAGUGACAGCAGUCCCAGCCACAAAAAAAUGGGUGGAGAAAGUAAGCAGCAUCGUAAAGCCAGGCAUCGUACGCAUGGUCCUCUUCUUCCAACUAUUGAAGAUUCUUCUGAAGAAGAGGAGCUUCGGGAGGAGGAAGAGCUGCUAAAAGAGCAGGAGAAGCAACGUGAAUUAGAGCAGCAGCAACAACAGCAGCAGCAGCAAAGGAAGAGCUCUAGCAAAAAAUCUAAGAAAGACAAGGAUGAGCUCAGAGCCCAGAGAAGAAGAGAACGGCCAAAGACACCACCAAGUAACCUAUCUCCCAUUGAGGAUGCUUCUCCGACAGAAGAAUUGCGUCAGGCAGCAGAAAUGGAGGAACUACAUCGGUCUUCCUGCUCUGAAUAUUCACCAAGUAUUGAGUCAGAUCCUGAAGCUUUUGAAAUCAGCCCAGAAAAAAUAAUAGAAGUGCAGAAGGUUUACAAAUUACCUACAGCAGUCUCUUUAUAUUCUCCAACAGAAGAGCAGCCUGUUGGGUUUGUCAAAGAGGAGAGCGGUCAAAAGACUUUAAGAAGUGCUGAAGAGGUAUAUGAAGAAAUCCUGCGUACAUCCCACAAAGCCAAGCCACUUCCAGAUGUAAAUGAAAAAGACGAAGUGUUUGAGAAAGAGCCUUUAUAUGGUGGCAUGCUAAUAGAGGACUAUAUCUAUGAAUCUUUAGUAGAAGAUGCUUAUAGUGGGGCUAUGGAGGCUAGCCUCAUGACAAGGCAAGAAGAGGGUGAUGAAUUUAGCCAACUGAAAGAAAAAACAUCAGCGCCCCCAGAUCAGAUAUAUGGAGAACCUAUGCAAAAGCCUACCACCUUACAAAAGGACUAUUACAGGAUAGAGUCUUUGCAUUCAGGUAUGCCUCAAGAAGACAUUGUGUCUAGCUCCUACAUCAUGCCAGAAAGUCAUGAGAUAAUCGUACUGGACAGUGUGGCGCCAUCUUCAGGUGACGAAAAACAGCUCUUGGAUGCAGAUGCUGCUUAUGAGGAACUUGUCAAGCGACAGCAAAUGCAGUUGACUCCAGGCUCCAGUCCUACCCAGCCAUCUCCUGAAUUAAUUACGGUUUCAGAUAGAAAAACAAGCAUUUCUGGAGAGGUAACAGAAAGCACCUCCCUGACGUCAAGCACUAUUUCAUCCAGUUCAGACAUACUUUCAGUAAGCUCUUCGGUGCUUCCUAUUCCGGAUGUCAAAAUUACUCAGCACUUCACAACUGAAGAAAUAGAGGAUGAAUAUCUCACAGAUUACACCCGAGAGAUUGAAGAAAUAAUUUCCCACGAAACAUCCAUAUUGAUGUACUCAGAGGCCUCAGAAAGUGCCACGUCCAUUAUACCAUCGGAUACGUCUUCCCUAACAUCAUCCACAUCUUCAGUUUACACCACUGGUAGUUCUUCACCAGAUGGUGUGAUUUCAGGUUACAUAGAAACAUUGGAUGCUAUUAGCAAGUUUCCAGAUUCUGAAGGGACCAGCUCAGUGACCCAAGUUCCUAUAAGUUCCACGAAAGAGUACUCUGAAGCUGCUAAGGAGACCCUUGUAGAUCAGGUUGUGGUUUCCCUUUCUGAAACUGACUCCUCCUUUGUAUCACCCUCUGUAGAAACAAAGCCCAGGCCCUUUGUUUCUGUCUCUGAUGCCAUAGAAACGUUCCCACCCCAAGAUGAGAAAGCUAUAAAAGAUGCAGCCAAGUUUGAUGUUAUGAAGGGACUUUAUGAAGACAAACAGGCAAGACCUCCUGUGACCAUAACAGGAAAAGCUUUAACAGAUGCUACAUCUGACCAGAAAUUUACAUGUACAGCUCCAGUAUCCUCCUCUGUCAUGCCUACUGUAUCUGUGUUGCCAUCCGCCAUUUCUCCGGUUCCCCCUGUUACACCCCAAACAUUUUCAUUUUACAAAAGCUCUUCUUUUGAGUCUCCAGCUCAGCCACCCCCACCACCUCCUCCUCCUCCUCCUCCACCCCCACCUCCUCCGCCUAUUCUGCCCAAGCCAGCUAUUUAUCCUAAAAGGAAACCCCUGGCUAAGGCUCCAGUGACCACAACUCCCACCCUAGUACCAUCUGUCAGUGACAUCAAAACAGUGGAAGCAACAUCUGCUAUAAACACGACUGGUCCACCCGUCACAAAAAUGUACACAUCGGCACCCCCUCCUGUUCCUCCCAAGCCAGCUUCAAUUCCAGCAGGACUUGUUUUCACUCACAGACCUGCUGAAAUAAUAAAACCCCCUAUUGCUCCCAAACCAGCAAUUCCUCAGCUGCCGACAACUGUUCACAAACCAGCAGAAACACAGCCAAAACCAGUGGGUUUGUCUUUCACCAGCAGUAUGACUUUGAACUUGUCCCCUGCAGAGUAUAAGUUGCCAUCCCCUACUUCCCCACUGUCUCCACAUUCUAAUAAAUCUUCCCCAAGAAUGUCCAAAUCCUCAGGGGAGACCUAUGUUGUUAUCACAUUGCCCUCUGAGCCUGGCACUCCCACAGAGUCUAUUACCAGUCAGGCAAUUACCAGUUGGCCUUCAGGAUCUCUCCCUAAAGAACAGGGUCCACAUAUUGUACAAUCAUUAUUCACUCCAACUAUGACUGCUCUACAAAUGCAAAGCAUAAGUGAUCGAAGCAAAUAUGGUCCAGGAGCUUUGCAAUCCAUUUCUCCUGUUCCUGUCAGUGCACGGUCAGUUUUUGAGAUAGCUCCUAGUUCAGCAACAGAAUUAAUAUCAACAGAGGUUGCCAGGACUACAGUGUCUUUGCUCAAAAAUGCUGGAUUAGAUAGUGUUUCCAUAACGAUACCCCCGGAGCCAGCACAUAUCAUUCAACCACCCAGAUAUAGAGAGAACGGGAGAUUCCAUGUCUUUGGUGACGUCAUUGAUCUUCGCACCUUGACCAAAAUGGAUGUGGAAAGGGCAGGUAGCUGCAUGGACCUAUCUGCUGCUCCCACGGAUGUGAGAAGGCAAGUUAUGGCAAGCGACACUUCGGGUCGGCCAGUAAGCACUGUUCAGCCAGCGAUCAUAAAUCUCAGCGCUGCAUCGGCAGCUGGUAUCUCUUUAGCACCGGUCACUGAAACAUUUACAAUAGUGACCUGCACAGCUACUGUAAGCUAUAGUACAAGCACAGAAAGUCUUGUCGAUCUGGGACAUGCCAUGACAACUCCACUGCAGCUAACAACAUCCAAACAUUUUGAGCCUGGACCUAGAGCAACGGGUGUCCAGGGACUCUCUGCGGACAGAGAUGAGGUGCCAAUAAAUUUGUCCCUAGGUACUCCAGCGCAUGCAGCUACAUGGGGCACUACGAAGCCUGCUAUGGCACCUCCUGUGGGUGUAGCCAAUGGUUGGACGGACGUUUCCACUACUCAAGAACCAACCGAGAGUGAAGUAGUUGACCUCAGCACCACAAAAUCCCACAGAACCAUGGUGACAGUGGAUGAAACAAGUUCGGGGAUUGUUACCACCAUAAUAGAAGAUGAUGAAAAGCCUGUGGACUUGACUGCAGGGAGAAGGGCUGUUUGUUGUGAUGUUAUUUACAAGCUGCCCUUUGGCAGGAGCUGUACAGCGCAGGCACCUGCCACAACACUACCUGAAGAUCGUUUUGGUUAUAGAGAUGAUCACUAUCAGUAUGACCGCUCGGGGCCCUAUGGUUUGAAAGGAAUAGGGGGUAUGAAACCUUCUAUGUCAGAUACCAAUUUAUCAGAGGCUGGACUUUUUAUGUACAAAAGCAAGAAUACCUUUGAUUACCAAGUUGGGGCAACAGAUGUAGCAGUAGACUUAACUUCUGGCAGAGUGACAACAGGUGAAGUUAUGGAUUACUCAAGCAAGAUUAUGGGUCCUUACCCAGAGACUCGGCAAGUAAUUUCUGGCAUUGGGAUCAGUGCCCCUCAGUAUUCCCAAGCACGAAUAGUACCAUCCAUAGGAUCCCCUUAUGGCAUUGGAAGUGUUUUGAGAUCAUCUAAUGGAGUUGUUUAUUCAUCCGUUGCGACUCCGGUGCCAUCCACAUUUGCUAUCACCACACAACCUGGUUCUAUUUUCAGUACUUCCGUUAGAGACCUAUCUGCUCUUCAGACAGUUGACACAAUGCCCUCAUUAUCAAACUUACAACAUAGCCAGGCACUUCCAAGAUCGUAUGAUUUCUUGACAACUGUAGCCUCUGAGAAAGAGGGUGCAAUUACUGACACUGACAUUGACCCAGGGUUGCAACCUCUUCCUAUGGAAGCCAUUACUAGUGAGCCAACCAACUUGAUGCCUGUUUUCACUACAGCUUCGGAAGCUUUUGUAGAUAUAAUUGAGGAGGAAGCUACACACCUCAUUGCCCCCGAAGAAGGCAAACAGCAGCACCUUGACUUGGAGCGCGAGCUUCUAGAGCUCGAAAAACUGCAGCAGCAACGUUUUGCGGAGGAGCUGGAGUGGGAGCGUCAAGAAAUUCAGCGGUUCAGAGAACAAGAGCAAUUCAUGGUUCAGAAGAAGCUUGAGGAAUUGCAUUCGAUGAAGCACCACCUCUUAUAUCAGCAAGAAGAAGAGAGGCAGGCACAGUUCAUGAUGAGGCAGGAAUCGUUGGCACAGCAGCAACUGCACAUUGAACAAAUCCAGCAGCUGCAGCAACAGCUUCACCAGCACUUGGAAGACCAGAAGAUCCACCAGAUCUAUCAGUACAAUUACGAACCUUCUGGAACUGGGUCUCCACAGACGACCACGGAUCAAGUCAUUCUUGAAGGCCAGUACGCUGCUGCCUCCAAUGGGCAGUUUUGGGCUGGUGAGGAAGCCACUACCACUGCUUCUGCUGUGCUGGGAAUCGAAAUUCCGCAAAGCCAAGCCUGGUACACAGUCCAGUCAGAUGGUGUGACUCAGUACAUUCCCAGGCCUGGCCUGCUAAGCUCUGCCUCAGAGAUGUCUCUUAAAGAUGUGGAUGUGAGAGAGGAGAAGCAGUUGAAAAAGAGGAGCUCCAUGCCAAAGCUGCGUGGCCCAUACGAGGAGCUUGACGGAGCUCUGGAAGAAGAGCCUAGGUGUCUUAAAAGGAUAGUGGAGAGUGGAGUUCAAACUGACGAUGAGGAUGGUGCAGACAUGGGCUAUGCAGACAGGAGGAGGAGAACCAAAAAGAGUGUGGAUACAAGCGUUCAGACAGACGAUGAGGACCAAGAUGAAUGGGAUCUGAGCAACAGAUCAAGGAGGAAAACCCGUGUGGGGAAAUACGAAGGUACCACUGAGGCGGAAAAGCCGAAGCCGUUUCCCCAAGUCGCCAGUAUUGCAGUGCAAACAGUGGCGGAGAUAUCUGUACAAACAGAGCCAGUAGGAACAAUACGGACCCCUUCAGUAAGGGCCCAGCUAGAUGCAAAGAUAGAAAUCAUAAAACACAUUUCAGCUCCGGAAAAGACAUACAAAGGAGGAAGUUUGGGUUGUCAGACAGAAACGGAUUCAGACACCCAAAGCCCCCAAUACCUCACAGCUACCUCCCCUCAGAAAGAUAAAAAGCGCCCAACACCAUUAGAAAUAGGUUACUCUUCACACCUCCGGCCAGAACCCACACUUCAGGUAGCCCCUUCCCCUCCCAAAUCUCCCAAAGUACUUUAUUCUCCCAUUUCGCCUGUAUCUCAGGCUGCUGUUCUAGAGUCGGCCUUUGUACCCUAUGAGAAGCCUGUCCCUGAAGACCUUAGUCCUCAGAAGAUUCUGCAUUCUGAGGUCCCCAAGAUUCCGCAGCUGAGCCCCAAGUCCGCCAAGGUGAUGCAGCGCUCUUUGUCUGACCCCAAACCGCUGAGCCCAACAGCCGAAGACCCUUCCAGAGCACAUUUCCAAUACACGGAUGGUUUCUUGACUAAAGGAUCUUCAAGUGUAUCAGCAUCAGGAAUGCAAAAGAAGGUCAAGAGGACUCUACCCAACCCACCUCCAGAAGAUGUUGCAGUAGGGACACAAUCCACCUUCACCACUGUGGGAUCAGUUUCACGCCGGAGGAUCUGUAGAAGCAAUACCAUGGCCAGAGCUAAAAUCCUCCAGGAUAUAGACAGAGAACUGGAUCUGGUAGAAAGAGAGUCAGCCAAGCUCCGGAAAAAGCAAGCGGAGUUAGAUGAGGAAGAGAAAGAAAUAGAUGCGAAACUUCGGUAUCUAGAGAUGGGCAUCAAUCGGCGGAAAGAGGCAUUGCUAAAAGAACGAGAAAAGAGGGAGCGUGCCUAUCUUCAAGGUGUAGCAGAGGAACGCGACUAUAUGUCUGACAGUGAGAUUAGCAGCACCAGGCCCACGAGAAUAGAAUCUCAGCAUGGCUUGGAAAGACCAAGGACUGCGCCCCAAACAGAAUUUGACCAAUUUGUCCCCCCACAAACCCAACCAGAAACGCAGUUUGCAACUCCUACGAGUCCUUAUACUCAGUAUCAGUACUCUUCCCCUGCCCUUCCCACUCAAGCACCAACUCAGUACUCCCAGCCGUCUCAUUACCAGCAGCAGCAACCUUUAUAUCAACAGCAGGUUUCUCCUUACCAGACCCAGUCAGCCUUCCAAACUGUGGCAACCAUGUCUUACGCGCCGCAGGCUCAGCCUCCACCAACCCCGCAGCCUUCCUACCAGCUUUCGUCGCAGCUAAUGGUGAUCCCACAGAAAACAAGGCAGGCUUCGUUGUAUCUGGAGCCUAAGAUAACAACGAACUAUGACGUGAUUCGCAACCAGCCUCUCAUGAUAGCCCCUGCGUCUUCGGACAACACGUAUGUUGUGUCCCAUUUGGGUAGUAAAUACAGUACCUUGGACUUAAGGAUGGGGCUCGAUGAGAGGAGCAGCAUGGCCAGCAGUCCCAUCUCGAGCAUAUCUGGGGACUCCUUCUACGCAGAUAUCGACCACCAUGCGCCACGUAAUUAUGUGCUGAUUGAUGAUAUUGGAGACCUCACUAAAGGGACAUCAUCUCUGAGCUCUGCUUAUGGUCUGCAUGAAAAGGAUCUGACCAAAACCGAUCGGCUGCUUCGGACUACUGAGGCGCGAAGGGUGCAGGAAGUCUCAGAUUUCCUCGCACCGCUGCAGACUUCUUCUCGGUUGCACAGCUACAUGAAAACUGAUGAUGAUCCCAUGGAAGACCCUUACGAGCUAAAGCUGCUGAAGCAUCAGAUUAAGCAGGAGUUCCGGAGGGGGGCUGAAAGCCUGGAUCACCUGGCAGGCCUUUCGCAGUAUUACCAUGCAGAUACUAGCUACAGACAUUUCCCCAAAUCUGAGAAAUAUAGCAUAAGCAGGCUUACCUUAGAGAAGCAAGCUGCCAAGCAGCUCCCAGCGGCCCUUCUUUACCAGAAGCAGUCGAAGCAUAAGAAGGCCUUGAUUGAUCCCAAAUUAUCUAAAUUUUCACCCAUUCAGGAAAGCAGGGACCUUGAGCUUGAUUAUUCAACCUACUUGACUUCAAGCACGUCAUCCCUUGGGGGCAUUACUUCCAGAGCAAGGCUCCUCCAAGAUGAUAUAACGUUUGGCCUUCGGAAAAAUAUCACAGACCAGCAGAAGUAUAUGGGGCCAACUCUCUCACAUUCUCUUGGCACAAGCCUUGGGGCUGCACUGAGUACAUCAAUGAGAUCCACAUUACAUGAUGAUUCUGACAAAUCUUACAGCAGUGGCAGUAGAUCCAGACCUUCUUCCCGACCGUCAUCCGUCUAUGGGCUUGAUUUAUCACUAAAAAGAGAUUCUUCAAGCUCAUCUUUAAGACUGAAGGCCCAAGAGGCUGAACCCCUAGACGUUUCCUUCAGUCACGCAGCCCCCUCUGGAAGAACUAAACCCACUAGUCUACCCAUAAGUCAGAGCAGGGGCCGAAUCCCAAUAGUAGCACAGAAUUCAGAAGAAGAGAGUCCCUUAAGUCCUGUGGGUCAGCCAAUGGGAAUGGCAAGAGCAGCAGCUGGGCCAUUGCCACCUAUAUCCGCAGACACUAGGGACCAGUUUGGAUCAAGCCAUUCAUUGCCUGAAGUCCAGCAGCACAUGAGGGAAGAAUCACGAGCUCGAGGCUACGACCGGGAUAUAGCCUUCAUCAUGGACGACUUCCAGCACGCCAUGUCAGACAGUGAAGCCUACCACCUGCGCCGGGAAGAAACUGAUUGGUUCGACAAACCCCGGGAGUCUCGUUUGGAGAACGGACACGGUUUCGACAGAAGGCUACCAGACAAGCUAGCUCACUCGAGGCCACCAAGUCAGCAUCAAGACCAAAUUAUUGGGAAGCCUAUUCAAUACAUCUUUCCCCAUGCAAGGCUGAAAUUGCCGAGGGACCCAAAGGACCACUCUGUUUCAGGCAAUGGACUUGGGAUCCGAGUUGUAGGAGGGAAAGAAGUUCCUGGAAUCAAUGGAGAAAUUGGUGCUUACAUUGCUAAGAUCCUGCCUGGUGGAAGUGCUGAGCAAACCGGAAAACUUGUAGAAGGGAUGCAGGUCCUGGAAUGGAAUGGCAUUCCCUUGACGGCCAAAACAUACGAAGAAGUCCAGAGUAUCAUCAGUCAGCUGAGUGGGGAAGCAGAAAUAUGUGUAAGACUGGAUCUCAACAUGAUGUCAGAUGCCGAAAAUCCACAACAUCUGGAUUUGCUUGAGCCAGGAAAGACUGUGGAUAAAACAAAGUCGCCCGGGGUGGACCCAAAGCAACUGGCUGCAGAGCUGCAAAAGGUUUCCUUACAACAGGCUCCCUUGAUGGCCUCCUCAGCAAUGGAGAAGAGCUCCCAUGCUCAUUCUGGGACUACGUCCGCCAACUCGAGUUCUGUUCCUAGCCCUGGUCAGCCUGGUUCUCCUUCAGUCAGCAAGAAACGGCACAGUAGCAAGCCCACGGAAGGUACAAAGUCUGGCUCCCAUCCAAUUACUGGGGAAAUUCAGCUUCAAAUCAACUAUGACAAGCACCUUGGCAAUUUGAUAAUUCACAUUCUUCAAGCAAGAAACCUUGUUCCCCGUGACAACAACGGCUAUUCGGAUCCGUUUGUCAAAGUUUAUCUUCUACCAGGAAGAGGCCAAGUCAUGGUGGUCCAGAAUGCAAGUGUCGAGAACAAGAGGAGGACUAAAUAUGUGCAGAAAAGCUUGAAUCCUGAAUGGAACCAGACAGUCAUUUAUAAAAAUAUAUCCAUGGAGCAGCUAAAGAAGAAGACCCUGGAAGUUACUGUCUGGGACUAUGAUAGAUUCUCCUCCAACGACUUCCUGGGCGAGGUAUUAAUUGAGCUUUCUAGUGCCUCUCAGUUGGACAAUACUCCUCGGUGGUACACCCUGAAGGAGCAGAGUGAAAGCAUUGACCAUGGGAAAUCCCAGUCUGGACAGAACAGCCAGCAGUCCCCCAAACCGUCUGUCAUCAAAAGCAGAAGUCACGGGAUUUUCCCUGACCCAUCAAAGGAUAUGCAGGUGCCCACCAUUGAGAAGUCCCACAGCAGUCCAGGAAGCUCCAAGUCUUCCUCUGAAGGACACCUGCGCUCCCAUGGGCCAUCGCGCAGCCAAAGCAAAACCAGCGUCACUCAAACGCACCUUGAAGAUGCUGGGGCAGCCAUCGCCGCUGCUGAAGCAGCUGUCCAACAGCUCCGCCUUCAACCAACAAGACCUACGAACCACCGACCAGGAGAAAGUUCAGUCUCCUCCACUGGUUCAUCAGCCAGUACCUUUGGCAGCGGAUACAGCAUGGACAGUGAAGGAAGCAGCAGCAGCAACACCACUGCGGACACCAAUCUGUUUCCCAUUCCAAGAAUAGGAAAGAUGAGCCAGAAUGGGCAAGAACCAGUGAAGCAAACAGGAAUGGGAUUAAUGGAGGCUGAAGGUAAAACCCAGGUGAUGGGUGAAAUCAAGAUUGCUUUAAAGAAGGAAAUGAAGACUGAUGGGGAACAACUGAUAGUUGAGAUCCUUCAGUGCAGAAAUAUCACCUACAAGUUUAAAUCUCCAGAUCACUUACCAGAUCUGUAUGUGAAGCUGUACGUUGUCAACCUUGCAACUCAAAAGCGAGUAAUUAAGAAGAAAACAAGAGUAUGCAGGCAUGACCGAGAACCUUCAUUCAACGAAACAUUUCGAUUCAGUUUGAGUCCCACUGGGCAUUCUCUCCAGAUACUCCUUGUUUCCAACGGAGGAAAGUUUAUGAAGAAGACCUUGAUUGGUGAGGCAUAUAUCUGGCUUGACAAAGUGGACCUCAGGAAAAGAAUAGUAAACUGGCACAAACUUUUGGUCAGCUCAACACAAACACAUUGAGGAAAGAUUUCUUCCUGGGCCAUCAAGCCUUGGGAAAGUCUGCUUGUAGGAUUCCAAGACUCUACUUUGAUAUUGUGUUUAGCUAGGCUUUCAGAAUAUGAAGUAGGAGGAGAAAGUUCUGGGCUGUUUGGCACACUUUCAUGAGGGCUAGUCAACUUGUUUUGCUGUGUUUUUUUAAAAAAACAAAUCAGCAGAGCUUAAUAAACCAACCACCCUAAGCCCAGAAAUUAAAAUGAGUCUGCUUGAAAAAGGAGACUUAUGUGUGGGUUCUGUGAAGUUAGAAUCUGAAGAGGAAUAAUAACACCAUGCAGUUGAAGGCAGGUGUUAAUGCAGAGAAUUUGGCUGCAGCUGGAGGCAGGAUCUUUCUGCGAGAGCAGUCUGGCUCAUGGUGCAAUCGCCGAAGAGAUCGUGAUAUGCAAAACUACCUGAAGCAACUGCCUUUCCAGUUCUCCCUUAUCUGAAGACUUAUCUGAAAAUCCAUGGUCUUAAUGUAAGAAUAUAUUUGCUGUGGUGAGAUGAUGCCCCAGGAGGCAAAUGGUGGGGUAAUUAGUUUUUAAUUUAAAUGGUGGCAAUGUUUCUCUUUCAUGUUAUUUUUUCUUCUUCUUUGCUAAUUAUAUGCGUUGGCGUUUAAAUUGAGAAUAGUAAUCUCUGUCUUUUCCCAUGUUGGAGAAUUACCAUCUCGGACUGUAAAGUACAGAAAGCACAAGAAUAGUUGUCAUUUUGGAAAAGAGUAAAGGGGGCAGUUGGAACCAUGUCAGGAAAAGAGAAAUUGCUUUUGUGGUGUAGAAGAGAAUGCGAUUCAGCCUACUGUGAAUGACUGUUUUCCAUAGUUUUGCUAAAAUGGCGUUGGUUCUAAGGGCUUUUGAGCACUGAGGUGAAUAUUGUGGCUUCACUAUCUGUUUGUCUUGCCUUUGUGAACUUCAAGGAGUCACUGUUUCCAACUGUAUGAAAUAGUCCACAUGUUAGAACAAGUGAUGCUGUUUAUGUGAUCGUGUGCUACAGGCUCCUUCUCAUCUGCAUGAAGUUGCAAACAUUCUGCUCACAAAAGAGAUCAUUGAAAGACAGACUUUGGUUUGUAAGGUUAAAUACUGCGUAUAAAAUGAAUAUCCAUUUCUAACUUGGCAGCAUCCAUUGCCAUGGGCUACAAGCUUUCUUAAAGGCAUGGAGCAUGAAACUGUGUUGGUGGUUUCCCUGUUGGCUUCCAACAAAAAAAUGGAAACACAAUUAGUCCCUUAUUGUGUUGAUUUGCUUUAUAUUACAGUAUUUUAAUGGAAAAUGGGCAUGUAAUUUCACUAUGCCAAACUAUUCCUUGAAGCGGAAAUGGUUAAACAGUAGUA